UCGAUAUAGCUGAUUUUCGCUGUCGUCGUCUCCCUCGUCCUCCUCUCCGUGUUGUUGUUCUCGGUGACGCGACGGAGGUGUAGCCUGACGCGGUCUCUUACGUGUCGGUCUGAAUAAAAGUGGAGCUCCGUAGACCCGGGAGUGACGAAGCGAGUCUGUGUUGAUAUUUAAAUGACAAUGGAAGCUGGUGCAGAAACACAGCAAAGUGGUGAAACAGCUGUCUCCGAGUCUGAGGCCCAGCAGAUUGCCACCCUGGCCCAGGCAUCCAUAGCUGCAGGUCAGGUGUCCUCCAGUGGUCCCACAGUCACCCUUGUGCAGUUACCCAACGGUCAGACAGUCCAAGUCCAUGGAGUGAUCCAGGCCGCCCAGCCCUCUGUCAUCCAGUCCCCGCAGGUCCAAACUGUCCAGAUCUCAACUGUUGCUGAGAGUGAGGACUCUCAGGAGUCUGUAGACAGUGUGACAGAUUCUCAGAAGAGGAGGGAGAUCCUGUCCAGACGACCUUCUUACAGGAAGAUCCUGAACGACCUAUCAUCAGAUGUCCCAGCGGUCCCUCGUAUUGAGGAGGAAAAGUCAGAGGAUGACUCAGCUCCCGCCAUCACCACAGUCACCAUGCCCACACCCAUCUAUCAGACCAGCAGCGGCCAGUACAUUGCUAUCACUCAAGGCGGGGCCAUCCAGCUGGCCAAUAACGGUACAGACGGAGUUCAGGGUCUGCAGACAUUGACAAUGGCCAACGCUGCUGCAGCCCAGCCCGGUGCCACCAUCCUGCAGUAUGCCCAGACCAGUGACGGGCAGCAGAUCCUCGUGCCCAGCAACCAAGUAGUUGUACAAGCUGCCUCUGGAGAUGUCCAGGCUUAUCAGAUCCGCACGGCCCCCACAAGCACCAUCGCUCCCGGGGUGGUGAUGGCAUCCUCCCCUGCCCUGUCUACAGGAGGCACUGAGGAGGUCACACGCAAAAGGGAGGUGCGCCUCAUGAAAAACAGGGAGGCAGCCAGAGAGUGCCGCAGGAAGAAAAAGGAGUACGUCAAGUGUCUGGAGAACCGCGUGGCCGUGCUGGAAAACCAGAACAAAACCCUCAUCGAGGAACUGAAAGCCCUCAAAGACUUGUACUGCCACAAAUCAGAGUAGAAACGUCACCUAACGCCUGCCAGGGGUCCCGAGAGGAGCCCGCCUGUCCCCAUGUACAGAGACUCAGCACAGAGCCAUGCAUCUGGACACCACUCCCCCUUUUUUCUAUCGUUUUCUUUUUAAAAACCGUUAAAACGUCUGUAAAAUGACUUAACCAGGAAUACAAGAAACGCCCCCGCCCCCCUUUCAGUAAUUUGAAAGCCUAAUUCUGUCUCCCUCAGUUUGUCAUGACAGGGUGCAGCGAUGUUUAGAGCGGCUGAGUAAUUUUCCUUUCGGAGGAGAGUUCGUCAGCUACACAGGGUUCUUGUGGUGAAGUGACAGGACCUACGUUCAAGGGUUGUCUUGUAUUUUUUUUUCCCACCGCUGUGACGUUUUCCAGUCACUGGUGCCUGGAAACACUCGGCAACAUCACCAGCCACAGGGAACUGCUGUCACCACCACUACCAGUAACGCCAAUGUAUGGAACUUUUUUAAAGUUUUAACCUCCCCAAGACUCGUAGAUCGUUUGGAGGGGUCACCUUCGUGUGCAACGUUUGUAAUUGUGACUGCGCUACUGCAUUAACGCCUGUUACUAAUGCUAUGAACUGUUUUGGUUGAUCAUGUUAGGUUUUCUGCUUUGAUAAUGCCAUUCAGCUUUUUUUAUUUUUAUUUUUUUAUUUACCAGCCUUGAUGAGACGUGAACAAAAAAAAAAAAGCUAACCAUUAUGUUGGGGUGUAAAAAUGGUUUUCAUGUUAAAUGUAGCUUUAAAAACGAUUAGUAACGUGGGUUUCUAGAGACUACAAAGACAAUGGUGGGAUUUGCUCACCAUGAGAUUCAGUAUCUUUGAACUGUCUCUGCCUUGCCUGUGUUUUUAUGUUAUACUGUUUGACUGGAGGCUCAAUGGCUGUUGUAUGCUUUGGAUCCAUGUGGCAUUAAGGGAAGAACUUUGUUCCAAAAUGAAGUGUCCACCAAAAACUGACACACACUCUCCAAGAUAAUAGAUGGCAAAAAAAAAAAAAAAAAAGAACCAAACUAUUGUAUGGCAUUGCUAAGAGUAGAGAACA